GCCCGUAUGUCGUCUCACCUUUGUGUUGUCUUUAUUAUAAACCUUGAAUGUUCUACUUGCAGGGGUCACUGUAUCAUUGUGAACGAGCCAACUACACUACGUCGACAUGCCGAAGCUCGAUUUGCGGGGAAAUAUAGGAAAUGGGCCAAGGCCAAUUCAUUCACGUCGAAAUUGCCUGGUGAUGUUGCCGCUGAAAAAAAGAAGGUCGCGCAAGCACAGCAAACCAUUGAUGCGCAUGUGACAGAGCGCAAGAUUUCGGAACGGGUCAUCCCUUACUCUGACCAGUUGUUUCGAAAAGCUGCAAUUGAGUGGCUCAUUGCAACAGACCAGCCAAUUCAGGCUCUCGAACAUCCAAGGUUCAAGGAGAUGGUGGAUGUUGCCUCCCGUGCAACUCAAGGCGUCAAAAUCCCGGGGCGAAAAGCCACACGAGCAGAGAUCAUGCGAAUGUUCAAGAACCAUCUAACUCGACUCAAGAAGAAACUUAUGUUCCACCUGCUGGAAUGAGCACGAUUCAGUGGUGGGGUAUCAAUGCACCG